GGUAAGAGAAAUCAUAAGUCAACCAUUGCCACAUAUGAACAACACCUGUCCGAGCCGCCUUGUAAAACAAAAACACGUUGCCAUGUUGCUAUUAUUUUUGGUUCAUCAUUGUCUUUAGCUUCCCUCCACAAAAUUCCCAAAUUCGAUUCCAACUUCCCUUUCCCUUUCCACACCUUCAAUUCAAUUAUUCCCUAGAUCCCCAAAAAUUUUCCCUUCCCAAUUUCAUUUCAAUUCAUUCCCUUUCCUUGUUUACCUAAUGGACCUCUCUUUAAUUUGCGACACGCUAACUGUAGCCACUUCCAAAGGUGUAGGGUUUGCCAAAUUCAUUCUCGAUCGCCACCAUCACAUCGCUGGAAACGGUUGCCUUUCCCUUUCCUCCGACUCAUCCUCCGAUAACGUUGGAAUUCUCCAUGUUACCGCCGGAAUCACCCCUGUUGACGCCAUUGCACCUCCUCCGACCAAGCCUAGUUCAUAUAAGACAUUACCUCGAACUCUCCUCCGCAGAAGGCGUCGCACCAAGCGUAAGUUAUACAGCGGGGAUGACUCAAACGACGGCGAGAUUUACGGAUUCAUCUUCGGCAGUGAUGGCAACGAUGGGUAUGGUCCGUUUGGCGGUGGUGGAGGGAGCAGUUGGGGCGGGAGUGGUUGGAAUUUUGGUGGGUUUGGAGGGCAAAAUUGGGACGAAUCUUCUUCAUCAUCUCCGUGGACCGUUAAUGCUAUGGACUUUGUGUAUGAGGUGAUUUGCUGGAUCGCGUUGUCGAAUUGCGUGCAUUUUGCGUUUAAGAAGGUGGUCAGAAUCGUGGCAAAUGGUAUUGAGGAAGCUGGGGACAGGGAGAAGGUUCCGAUGAGAUUGGUUUCAGUUUGCUAAUAUGGAGUUCAAUUGGGGUAUUUAAAAUUAUUACCUUUUAUGUAUCAAAUUCAAGUUCAAUGUAUAUAUGGCUGUAUAUACUCAUCAUUAACAUGAAUUGUUUAUAGUUAGAAUAUCUUACUAGCUAUUCUCAUUGUUGCUAUAAUUAUGCUGCUGUCGCUUAUGUUUUUUGAAGAAUGCAAAGGCAAUGCUGUUCAAUUGAUUGUUAGAAA